AGUCCGAUAAUCUGGAAACAGCAGACGUCAAGCAAUAGUAGUAAAUCAUGGGCCAGAUAGUCAGCCGCAAGCUAAGCGAGACGGAGCUAAGCGCACACAAAGCAGCGACGGGACUGUCCACUAAGCAACUGGAGCAGCUGCAUGCCCGCUUCCUGGCGCUGGAUCGAUGUCAAAGCGGGUAUUUAUCGCCAACGGACCUUUUGCGCAUACCGCAAUUGGCACAGAAUCCAAUGCACCGCCAGAUAAUCGAUGGCUUCUUCACGGAUCCAAGCAACGAUCGCAUUGAUUUUGCUCAGUUUGUGCGCACCUGUGCCACGUUUCUGGUGCCGCCAUCUGGAAAUUUACGUGCGAAUGGACGUGCCCAGAAGCUGCGCCUAAUCUCCAAAAUGUUUGAUACACAGCGAACUGGUCACAGCAUCGAGCGAUCCGAUUUUCGGCGUGUGAUGAAAUACAUGUUGGACAGUGUGCCGCCAACGGAUGGGAUUGCCAUAUGCCAUCCACAUCCGGAGAGCAACGAAAUGGAGUUGCUGCAACUGGAGGAGCUGGCGUUUGGAGAUGGAAUAGCAAUAGUGGACAACCAAAGCAUUUCGUACGAGCAAUUUGAGCUGCGUCUCGACACAGCCGUUGUGGAAUCCAAAUUGGCGAUCAGCAAGUGGUUGUAGUGCGGAGUAGCCCGUCAAGCGGAUGUCAAAAUCCAAAAAUUGUGCGCAAACUGAUUUGAAAGUAUUUUUGGUUGAUUAUUGAUUUCGUAGAUUUUCAAUAGUUUUGUUCUUUAUUCAUGUCCACAAAUUGCAAUAGUUAAAGUUUUUAUUUUGAUUUCAC